GUACACACCCAUAGCAACACAAACAGCAGCAUGCUGCCAGAGCAGAAACGAUGAAGCAGUCCAGACAUUAGAUACACGUCAAAACAUCAGGCAGAAAUCGACCGCACAGGUUUAUUUGCUUUAAUUUAUGAGCAACAAUGCAAGCGGACGACGCCAGAUAUUUAAAACGGAAAUAUAAGGGUGGCAGUUUAGAUGUCCACCCCACAGAAAAAGCCCUUGUUGUCCAAUAUGAAGUGGAAGCUACAAUCCUUGGAGAGACGGGAGACCCGAUGCUAGGAGAACGCAAGGAGUGCCAGAAGAUAAUCCGUCUGAAAAGCCUGAAUUCCAACACAGAUAUUGCGUCUUUAGCACGGAAGGUAGUGGAGGAGUGUAGACUCAUUUCCCCUUCCAGACUUCCUGAGGUGGAACAGUUAUUGUUCUACCUGCAAAACCGCAAGAAAUCUGCUGAAAAGAAAGAGAAGAAACAGAUCAAGCCUAGAGACCUGACUCCUUUUGAAGGCAUGGAGCUUGAUGAGGAGGCCAACAUUAAUAGCAUAGAUGACUAUGUUGAGCUUCUGUAUGAGGACAUCCCUGAGAAGAUCAGAGGAGCUACACUCAUCCUCCAUUUGGCCCGUAACCCUGACAACCUAGAGGAGUUGCUGCAGAACGAGACUGCUCUGGGCGCACUGGCCCGGGUCCUGAGAGAAGACUGGAAGCAGAGUGUCGAUUUGGCAACCACCAUCAUCUACGUCUUCUUCUGCUUCUCCAGUUUCUCCCAGUUUCACGGCCUGAUCACUCACUACAAGAUCGGCGCGCUGUGCAUGAGCAUAAUUGACCAUGAGCUGAAGCGCUAUGACCUAUGGCUGGACGAGCUGCAGAAGAAAAAGAAGGCUGGGGACGAUGACCCAGACAAUCAGAACCUGAAGAAGGAGUACGAGAAAGCCCUGAAGAAGUACCAUGGACUGCUGACCAAACAGGAACAGCUUUUGAGAGUUGCUCUGUACCUGCUGCUGAAUUUGUCUGAGGACACUCGCACAGAGCUGAAGAUGAGGAACAAGAACAUUGUCCACCUUCUGGUGAAAACGCUGGACAGAGACAGUGAGGAGCUCCUGGUGCUGGUGGUGUCCUUCCUCAAGAAACUCAGUAUCUUCUUAGAAAAUAAGAAUGACAUGGCUGAGAUAGAUACAGUAGAGAAGCUGGCAAAACUGGUGCCCUGUGAACAUGAAGAUCUCCUGAACGUAACUCUUCGCCUCCUCCUUAAUCUCUCCUUUGAUACUGGCCUCUGCAGCAAGAUGGUGCAUGCGGACCUUCUGCCCAAACUCACCUCACUGCUAGAAGACGAAGUGCAGAGACAGAUCGCCAUGUGCAUUCUGUACCACAUCAGUAUGGACGACCGUUUCAAGUCUAUGUUUGCCUACACGGAUUGCAUUCCACAGGUAAUGAAGAUGUUGUUUGAUUGUGGUGAGGAGAGGUUUGACGCUGAGCUCAUUUCCUUCUGCAUCAACCUGGCUGCCAACAAGAGGAAUGCCCAGAUUAUGUGUGAAGGCAAUGGUCUGAAGAUGCUGAUGAAGAGAGCACUGAAGCUAAAAGAUCCUCUGAUGAUGAAGAUGAUCCGAAAUAUAUCUCAGCAUGAUGGACCUUUUAAAAAUCUUUUCAUUGAUUAUGUCGGUGACCUGGCGGCUCAGAUUGGACUGAAGGAAGAGGAGGAGUUUGUGAUUGAGUGCUUGGGAACUCUUUCCAAUCUUACUAUUCCUGAUCUUGACUGGGAACUUGUGCUAAAGGAGUACAACCUGGUGCCUUAUCUCAAAGACCACCUCAAACCAGGCUCUGCAGAGGAUGACCUCAUUCUGGAGGUGGUGAUCAUGAUUGGCACUGUCUCCAUGGACGACUCCUGUGCUGUAAUGUUGGCCAAAUCAGGCAUCAUUCCUGCUCUAAUAGAGCUGCUGAAUGCCCAGCAAGAAGAUGAUGAGUUUGUCUGUCAGAUUGUGUACGUCUUUUACCAAAUGGUGUUUCACCAGGCCACCCGAGAUGUCAUCAUAAAAGAAACACAGGCUCCUGCAUAUCUCAUUGACCUGAUGCAUGACAAAAAUGCAGAAAUACGCAAAGUGUGUGACAAUACAUUGGACAUCAUUGCUGAAUAUGAUGUGGAGUGGGGCAAGAAGAUCCAGAGUGAGAAGUUCCGCUGGCAUAACUCUCAGUGGCUGGAGAUGGUGGAGAACCGGCAGAUGGAUGAGGCAGAGCCUUUCAUGUAUGGAGAUGGAGAACCUUUUCUCCAAAAUGGUGACAUCCUGGAACGGCCAGACCUCUUCUACAGCCCAGAUGGAAUAAUCCCAGCAGAUGGUGCCAUUAGUCCAGAGUUCUUCACAGACUUCCAGAAUGGAGACCUGUUAGGACCACAGGGUUUCCCCAGCAGUUCUUUGACAGACGGGUACGGACAGAUGGGUGUGACUCCAGCGCGUCCUGCCACGGCUUACGGCUUUCGGCCUGAUGAGCAGUUGUAUUACGGUUACACGGCAUCACGGUAGGAGAGUGUCAGGAAAGACCUAAAACCUAUUAAAAACCAAUUAAAUGGUUCUCAAAAGAUGCUUGAUAAGUCUCUUUACCAUUUCGAAUGAAAGCAACACUACUGAUUUUCUUCAUCAUCAGUAUUUCUUUCUAUGUAAUAUGUGGAUAUUGAUUACAUUCCAUGUGAAUCUCAGUCUGAAUGUGUUUUAAGCUGAAUGUUCUCAAUGAAGCUAUGAUUUGCAGCCCUCACUUUGAGCUCGAUCAUGUAGUUUUAACACAUCCUACUUUAGCCUACUGUGUAUUGCUUGUCAACACUGAAGAAGCGAAUGGCACCACAUUGCCUUUUCUGUGCAAUAGAACAAAAGUAGGAUUUUAGUUGCAUGCGGUUUCAGUGAUGUAGGUGAGUUAAGUUAUGAGUGUUGAAAACACCAUUUAUUUAUACAUUAAAGCAAAUCCAUUUAAUGCAUGACAGUUGCUUAGGUUUCUGGAAGCAAAAUAUUGUGUAGCUUUAGUUGCAUUUCAUGUACUCCGUUAAGUCAAUCAUUGUCAUCCAUAAUAGGAUUUCCUUCAGUUUUGCGUAUGUUUACAUAAAGUUUGAUAUGUAAACUCUCCUCUCAUAUGUAUUUUGUAAUGUAGCCAAACUCAAGUGUACUUUUGAAAUAAUACUGGUCUCUUUUAUGUGUGUUUUAGUAUUUAUGAAACUCAAUUUCAUUGGUGCCUGGGACUUGUCUUAAUUACUGUUUUAUAUAAAUUGCCUUUUUAUUUUAUGUGGUGCAAUAUGAGAUACAUAAAUUGAUGUUUAAAAGCUUUCCUUGUGUAUGUUACUUUGAUAGAAAUCUUUUGCAUAUAGUUGGGUUUUAGCACAGCAGGAACUCAGCAAAUGCUUACCAUGUUUACUUUCAUUGAUUGUAGUGAAAUGCCGUGUAUCUCAUUCAUUCUUAAUCAUUCACGCCCAUCAUUCAGACAUUCCUUAAAAGGGUGGUUAUGCAUAUUUAUGCAUUAAUGGACUGUCUUAUUGUUAAUGUGGAUCUCAUAUAGGGAGCCAAAUGCC